AUGAAUGAUUAUUUCUUGAAAAACUACACAUUCUGUUCCCAACAAAAUUCAUUUUUCGUGUCUUCCGACUAUGUCAGCACGGGUGUUCAUAUUAAUACAUCAUUCUCAGUUCCUUUGUCAAUGUAUGGAUGCUAUUGUGUGAUUAAGCUCACACCAAAGAAAUUGGGAUCUGCUAAAUGGGCAUUACUCAAUGCCCACUGCUGGACAGUAGUUCUCGAUAUCGUUUUUAAUGUUUUAGCUCUUCCGUUGAUGUUCUUUCCAUCCAUUUCUGGUGUAAUGCUUGGAUGGGGUCAAUAUAUCGGUAUUCCGUCGUGGUUUCUGCUGUAUGCAAUUCAGGCAAUUGUCUCUGUAUUUGCAUCUGCUGCAAUCGCCUUCUUUGAGAAUCGACAAAACGCGUUGCAAACAAAUAGGAAAAUACGACGCAAAUGGGUUCGAGUUUUGCUGAAUGUUAUAAACUACUCAGUUGCAUGUGGAGCUAUUCUACCACCAUAUUUAGAAACAUUUGAUAUUCAGAAAAUGGCAUUAGAAGCCUUGAAGAUUGCCCCAUGUCCCGUAAAAGAAUUCUUCGAUCCUCGUCUAUUCUUUGUCACCGACAAAACGACACUUAUGACUAUGCUAAUGGGUCUUCAAACGUUGACCCUCGCCCCUCAGGGAACAUUUUACACUUUGAGCACGUGGUAUCAUCUCGUAUAUUCCCACAGCUCACAGGUAUCACCAGAGACUCGGAAAAUGCAGUGGAGAUUUUUUAUGAGUUCUUCCGUACAAAUAAUGAUUCCAAUUGGUGUUUUAACGUUCCCAUUAUUCUAUGUCUGGUUUUCUUUAAACUCUGGAUAUUAUAAUCAAGAACUGAAUAACCAUGUUAUCGUCAUUGCUUCUUCCCAUGGACUACUUGCUUCAAUGUGCAUGAUUCUAGUGCAUAAAGUUUAUAGGCACCACUUUGUGAAAAUUCUCACUUUCGGGAAAGUUGAUCUUGGGAAGCAGAGAAUUGUAUCAGUUGUAGUUUCAUCUGUCAGAUCAGUUGGCCACAAUGCAGUCUGA